UAAGUGUGCAAAACUAUAAACAAUAACAAAUCAAACAAUAUUUAAAUAGUUCGAUGAUAUAUUUCCAUUAUAACAAUUGUUUAUUGUGAAGAUUUAUUUGAUAAUGACUUCAAAUGAUAAGUUAUUGAAAAAAGCUAUAAGAGAUCAACAGAAACGCUUAAAACCGGGUGAAUGUCUCAAAUAUGUCCGCUUAGUCUUAGAUAUACAUCUUAUAUCAACUUCGUUUGGUCAGAGUUUGUUAAGAACAUUACGCGAAAGUUUAGAUUUAAAAUAUGAGCUCAGGAAUUUACCGGUUAAACAAUGCAUAGUAUGGGAGCGCAGUGCCGGGCAAUUAAUUCUCGACCCAGAAGAAGUUAAAGGCCUGAGUGAGGAAUGGCAAUUAGAAGAGCACAUAGCAAGAAUCCUAACACAUGGCGAGUUGAAGCAUUUAAUUAAAAUGGAUCUUUUGGAGAAAUACAGUAAUGAACUAAAGUAUAAUUACCCGGGAAAGCAACAUAUUAUUUUAUAUUUAAAGCCAACGGAGAAGCCAUCUCAUCGAGAAACUCAAGCGUUAUUAGAAUUACAAAUAUUACAUCAACUAAAAGUUUACGAAGUGCCCAAAGAUAUGACGGAACUCGUAAAGGAAUUGCAGCGUUUAAGCAAAGCUAUAGCUGAAGCGCCUUAUAAAAAACAAAAAAACGAACCCUUGAGUGGAUUUAAAAAGUUCUUAGCAAACGAUAAGAAGCAAUGCGUACAAAUAGAAGGCUGCAAUGGUUUUCGACGUUUAUUUCAGCAACAUUUAAAUCGUUUACCUUUAGUAACUUUGGAAGUAGCCGAGACAAUUAUUGAGAAGUAUAGUUGCCCAAAAACGUUAAUGGAAGAUCUUGCUAACAAUCCCGAUGCGGUUAAGGAACUUGCUGAUUUGAAGAUUAAACGUAGCGGUCUGCAAGCUUUACAAACCGACAGGCGCAUCGGCCAAGUUCUAGCAAGCAAAUUACAGUUGUUAUACACGACCCAUAAUCCAGAUACUUUAAUUUAGGUCCCUUUUUAUUUAUUUUGAAAAUAUUUUUUAUUUCAUUCAACUACUUUUAUUAUU